CCAAACUACCGAAAGUCCUAAAAACCCGAAUCCCGGACAAACUUCCACCAUUUCCCAAACAGACCUUCUCUCUCAAACGCACCCAAUCAAAAACCCAAAACCCUCAGGAGAUUCAAAGCUUAAACCCCCGACGUUAACAAUAAACAAUGUCAUCCUCGUUGAUUUCUCGUCGUGUGAUUUCGGCGAUUAUAUCGAAUUCCGGUAAGAAAUGUAAUAAUCGGAGAUUUCUUUGCUCCGGCGUGUUUUCGAGCCCGCCGAAGGAGUCGAUCAGUUCGUCGCAGACUGUUCUCUCCGACUCCCCUCCACCUCCGCUGGCACCGGAGGUUUCACCUUCUGCUGCUUCGAGUUCCAAAUGGGGAAAAGCGUGGACCAUUUUAAAGACCGGAAUCAUUACCACUCUUACGGGGGCCACUGCUGCAGCCGGUUAUGCAACUUAUGCUUACACAUUGGAUGAACUAGAUGAGAAGACUAAGAGGCUGAGGGAGCCGGCAAACCAAACCCUUGGAGAUGAUGCAUCUGCCAUUGAUAAAUUUCAGACUUUGCUAUCCUCGACUGCAAAGACAGUUCCUGCUAAAGCAAUUGAAUUUUACUUGGAUCUGAGGAGGGCAUUGGAAGAACAAGUUCGAGGUUAUACUGAACCAACUUCUGAAAAGCUUCUUCCAGAUUUGCAUCCUGCCGAACAACAUGUUUUUACGCUUGUUCUAGAUCUAAAUGAGACAUUACUUUAUAGCGAUUGGAAGCGUGAAAGAGGCUGGCGAACAUUCAAAAGACCUGGAGUUGAGGCAUUCCUGGAACAUAUGGCCAAGUUUUACGAAAUUGUCGUGUACUCUGACCAGCUUAACAUGUAUGUUGAUCCUGUUCUUGAAAGGUUGGAUAAGAACCAUUGUAUACGCUAUCGUCUAUCAAGGGCUGCUACAAAGUAUGUGGAUGGCACACACUACAGGGAUCUUUCAAAGCUUAACAGAGAUCCAAGAAAGAUUAUAUAUGUAAGUGGCCAUGCACUGGAAAGUAGCCUUCAGCCCGAGAACUGUGUACCAAUAAAGCCUUACAAGCUUGAGGGAGAUGAUACAGCACUUUUGGAUCUUAUUCCGUUUCUUGAAUAUGUUGCUCGCAGUAGCCCUCCUGAUAUCAGAAAAGUUUUAGAAUCAUAUCAAGGGAAAGACAUUUCGAAAGAGUUCAUUGAGAGAUCCAAGGACUACCAGAGGAGAAUGCAAGAACAAAGACAGCAAGGUCGUCUGUGGCGUCGGUGAUGUUGGAUUAUUAUAACACGCAUUUUAUCCGAGUUCUGGGAAAGAAGUAGUUUGCCCAAAACGUGCAAAAGCUAGUUGAAGUUGAAAGAUGUGCUACUUAUCUUGCCUGAGGAAAUCAUUUACCAAUUAAGAGUAGACAAUUAGCGGAUUUACGAUCUUUGUUCGGAGAGGGCAAACCUAUGUCGCGAGAUAUGAUAGUGAUGUUAACUUCUGUUUGAACCAAUUGAAACGAUAUAACUAGAGGAGGAAGAAAGAAUAGGAAACUUUUGUAGUGUUCUUUGAUCUUUAAUUCUUUUGCAAUAGUUUUGAAUUUGAUUAUUUAUCCUUUUUUAUGUAUGAAAUUCUGAUACUCUUGCAUCAAACACGCAAAUGAUGUAUCAGUCACGAGGUUUUGGUCAA